AUGGGAUCACGGCAGGGACCACCGAAGCACCAGAACAAAUUCGCCUGGGUGCCCAAAGCCGGUGUGAAGAUCAACGAAACCGAAGUCGGAGGGAGAUUCAGACCACUAUCGGAGAUAACCGGAGUCUGCCAUCGCUGCCGAGAGCAGAUCGCUUGGAAACGAAAAUACGGCAAAUACAAACAACUGACUGAAGCCACCAAAUGUCAGAAAUGUACAAAGCGUAAUGUUCGUCAAGCAUACCAUAAGCUGUGUACUGGCUGUGCCAAGGAACAAAAAGUUUGUGCAAAGUGUUGUUCUCGUGCUGAUCAAAUCAUGGGAAGAGAUAUUUACGAGGUUGAGGCUGAACAGAAGUUGCUUGAUGAGACUAUCAAGAAUGCUAGGGAAAGAGAUCGAAGGACGCUUUUGCGCGCUAUGAACAAAGAUAACCAACCGAAAAGCUCAGAUGAAGAUGUGACAAGGAGCGGUAGCAGCAAGGUUGGUGAUGUGUUUCCGUCAACAUCCCUUGAAGAAUAUGCAAACAAGUCUGGAAGAGUUAGCGGGAUUGCUGGUCAUAGCCAUGUUGCUGAUGAUGAAAACGAUGAUGAUGGUGAUGAUUGUGGUGCUAGUGAACCUGAAUCAGAUGAGGCUCACAGUGAUGGUGGUGAUGAUGAGCAUGACUUGCGCGAAGACAGUGAUGCAAAUGAGCAGAAGUAA